GUAUUCCAUUCAUGGCCAUUGAGAAUGAAGGAUCAACAGAAAGGAUAAAUGGAACGUACUGCUAUGUAUUGCGUCUUUAUGGUCGCCUAAUUAACGGCCAAAAGGCACUGGUAACUCUUAUGGACAUUCAGGUUUUCUUUGACAUUCUCGUACCAGACGGAGAGACUCCAGAUAAAUGCGAAGAAAAGGUAGCCCGAGAGAAUGGUAUUCAACUCUCUGGAUGGUCUACAAUAAACAAAUAUAUUCACAAGCAAGGCAAAGGGAUCAGCCCGCUUUCUCUCUUACGAGAUCGUACUCUUGUUCUCACUUGGGAUAUAGAGACGCAAUCACAAGAAUUGGGUGAAUUUGCUGAAGUCCUUGAUCUGAAUAAUAAUGUUUUUAUGAUUUCUAUGACAUUGCAUUGGAAAGAUGAUCCAAAACCAUUAAAGCAAAUAUGUCUUGUCGAUGUUGAAAUAGAACCAGACCCACACUGGAUCACAAUCAUUUGCGGAAAUCAACGAGCAUUUGCCCCUGAUAUCCAUGUUGGGUUUAACGAUUCAGACUAUGAUUGGUGUUUUAUUAUGGAAAGAGCAUAUCAUCUCAACAUACUCGAAUGGAUGUGGGAGCGAAUGACAGGAAAGUUCGAAACAAAGGAAGAAAUUCUAAAGUGGAAAUACCGUGGAAAGAUAGGAGCAAAAUCUGAAAAUGAUUUCCUGAAAAAGCAUCCUGUUAAGGCUCCCGAGGAAGGUGAAGAGGAUCUGGAGGAGAAAGAAUAUAUGGGGGGUCCAAUUAGAAUCAAAAUUAGUGCAGAAGAUUAUUUUACUUCUAGCUUCCUUAAACUGCCAGGUUGCGUACCAAUUGACGUCCGAGUAUGCCUCAAAAAACGUUUUCCUCAUUCUGAAGUCGAAAAGGAAGGCUCACUUAAAUUCUUCCUACAAAAAUUCAGUCUUGACAGUAAGGCUGAUAUGCCAUAUGAUAAAAUGUAG